GGUUUUAUGUUUGGGUUUGAAAUCAGCCGUGUUUUCCAACGUUCAUUUGAAUUAUCUAAUUUCGUAGUGUGAUCAAAUAUAUAUCUAAUCACGAACAUGUGUUGGAGGCGAAGUCUACGGCUGGUUUACGUUUGAUAACGUUAAUGUGCGGCUUAGGGGAGACAGGAGGAGACGGAUGUGAUGACCCUCAUACUGUAGGUUAUUUAUUUCACUCGGACAUCUGUACAUUUGAUAUAGCUAGUGAUGUUGCCUAUGAGGACAAUGGCCUCUUUAAAGCCGUCCAAGCUGACUUCAGCUAAUGUUACGGCAUCAAAGAUCAAACACAAGAUCCUCAACACCUCCUCCUUCUUCAAGGUCUCUUUGAAGACCAACAACAAGGCCUUAGCUGUUGCUUUGCAGGUCCAGAAGGAGAGGAGCCGGGAGCUGGAGAUGGACAUUGUGCACUAUCAGAAACAGGUGGAGGCACUCUGCUUCGAGCUGGCCACCAAGAAAUACAAGCAAAGGAAACUGGUCCUCAUCUUGGACACCCUCCGUAGCAACUUGGACAUGGUGGAUGAGCUGUUCUCUGAUGGCGAUAAAGUUCCUGAGGACAACAAGACCUUAUCUUUUGGCAUCAACAACGAGAAUCUUUUAGUGGAAAGUCCUACAGAUGAGCAGCCACCUCAGCCAGAAAUGGCACAGCCUAUGUUGUGUCCCUUCCAAAAAGAACCAGCGGAUUUACCUGAAAAAAACACAAUUUCAAACGUCGCUAAUAUCCUGAACAGACCCAGAAAGUCCACAGAUGCUUUCAAUGAUAUAAGAGAUCCAGAGAAAAGGCGUUCAAGCCAGCUUGUACAGAUUCCCCAGAGAGGAAAAUCCCGUCCGUCCAGCAGCCUGAGGGAAGAAGUAGAGAGGCUGUCAAUCAUGUUCUCACAACCUGGGAUUGAUAUGAAGUCAAUCCCCUGUUUACAAAAAACCCAACCCCCCUCAGCUGUAAGCACAUGUGAAAAACCCAACCCAUCUCUUCCUGAUGACGUUCCCCUUGAACAAGAUUCCAAACAAGAGAAGACUGUGCUUCUGAAUACAACAAUGGAUAUGACGGUGAGUAAUUCUACGGAGAUAGUCGUUGUGGAAACCAAGGCUAAGAGAAAAGCCCGCUUUGGAAAGACAAAAGCCAAGAAGGAUAAGGAACAAGCCUUUGUGUCAAGUGUGGCAGAAAAUCCUCAAGUGAAGAUCUCAGCAGAUUUGAAGCGGAGUGAAGUUCAGAGUUCUCCCACUGGAACUUUGUUACAAACAGAAGGUCCUGCACUCCAUGAUGUAAUAAAACCACUUCAUAUUGAGCUACCGUUACCCAAAACACUGGGUGGGAGUGGCAAUACCUCGCGCAUUCCCAAACUGAACAAGUUUGAACACGGAAAUCAUAAUAAAAUGGGAAAGGACAAACAGAAAUCCCGUGACCAUGAGUCAAAAACAGAUUCAAAUGGAAUUGGCGUAUCGGAUCUGGAUGAUUAUUUCACAGAUCCUGAUUUUGAAAACUCAAAAGCCUGCAAAAGUGUACCAGAAAAGGACACAGCUGAAAUAGAAAGAAGGUCCAGAGUCACAUGCAGGAGGUCUAGGGUUAAAAACAGGAGCGGCUCCUCGGCCAACAGGAAAACAUUUGUGGCUUUUCCUCUGCUCCCGUGUGAAAGUGAGAGCAAUCAGUCCACAUUGCAACAGGCUCACAUAGAAGUUGAAGAAGUAGAACGUCAUGGAAAAUAUGAAGCAUGCAACGAGCAAGAACCACCUGAGGAGUUCCCGUUUUGUGCAGAUGAAGUCACCCAAUCAGAGUUCUCUGAACCGCAGUGCAAAAUGAAGAGAAUAACUCGGCGACCGAAAUGCAGAGGGACAUUCGUGGUCUCAGUGGCCAGGGAAAGUAUCUUCUCUAUCGGAGCGUCACCAGAAGUCAGUGCCCUAGAGCAGGACUUAAUGCCUUCUACUGAAACCUCCACUUGUGGGACGGAAGAACCGGCAACAGUCAUGGAUGCCGGCGUUGAUCUAAAUCAUUCAGAAUCAAACCAGCACAGCGAAGGAGACCUUAUCAAGGAAACGCCAAGCUCCUGUAAGCGUCCAUGGCGGGCCACUAUGGACAGAGAAGCCCUUCAAGAGGAUUUCAGUUGCAAUGAUGAGAUUGAGGUACUGGCACUGGACCAAGAGCGUACUUCAGCAUCACAGGUUCAGAUAUCUAAAAAAGCCAGGAGAGAGCGAAAGAGUACAUCUACUAAGAAGAAAGUUCAAAGGGAAAAGCGUGUGGAUCAUUUAAGUAACAGAAAGAAGAAAGACAAAAGAAUUAGCUUUCAAAAUGAAGUGUGUUAUCUUGAGGACGGCGGGGAUGCCUCACAUCACCGUGGCGAUGGCGUUCCUGAGAGAAACGAGGAACAACUAGACGAUUUACAAAUGGCAGACUUGCAUUCUCACAUAAUCGAGGAGGAUGACAGCUUUAGCGAUUUAUUUGAUUCAAAGUCCGGGAUGGCACAGAAUCCUAAGUGGUGUAGAAAGACAUCCACGGCGGCACACAGAUCCACAGGAGGCAGAAAGCCAAAGGAGACAUUGGUCGUCUACAGGCGGAAAACUCAAGACAUUGUUACAUUAAAGAACAAGAGAACCACUCAUGUGUUAAACAAUCUGGACACCAGGGAGGAGGCGGUUCUCCGGGAUGUGGGAAACGGGCUGAUAGACGAGAUGCCGCCAUGGAUGGACCUCGAUGACUCCGAGAUCGACUCUUUACUGGCUACUCCCAGGAGGAAGACAUCUGUCCGAGCGGCACUGAUCAAAGAGUCUCCUGUUGUCACUGCUAAACCCUCUCCAGCAGGGAGAGUCUUAACGUCACUAACCAACACCAUCGCCACUCCAGACAAUGAAAAUGGAGGAAGGAGCCGGAGAGCUAAAGGUGUCGUCAGCUACAAGGAGCCGACCAUCAACGGCAAAAUGAGGCGUGGCGACAAAUUCACCGACUGCACGUUUCGGAGUUCUCCGGUGUUCAAGGAGAACAACAAGAAGCCUUCGAAGAAGAAGACCAAACCCAAGUUGGAGAAAUCUGUUUUGCUGGUGGACUGAUUCUACUCUUUAAUUAAUUUGUUUACCUUGUUUACAUUUUGAAUUGUUGUUUUUUUUAUUCAGCUUAAUAAAUACUUUAUUAAUCAA